CAGUUGCGUUCCAAUUCAGUUGAACCUGUACAAACAAAAGCGAUGCGACCAUACUACAUUUGUAUGAUUGCACUGGUUGGUACUUGGUGGGUUACGGCUUUCGUUAGAUUUGACAAAAGGGUUUACCCGAUCGUCACAUACUACGACAUCAAAGGCAACGGAAAGUACGUUAACGCAUGGAUCGAUGUGCUGGGCGAACAUGUGACGAAUAAAACAUAUGUAAUACAGUUCAAAAUAUUGCAUGUGAUAAGGGACGUUAAGGUGCGGGCUGUUCCUUGCACCACCAUAAAAGGCGAUCCGACGUUCACUCGCGUUUAUUUCUUUCAGAUGGUACUAAGCUUCGGUGUACCGGGGCUUGCCGGAUUGGGAAACAAUGUGCUGUUAACGCGAAGUAUAGAUGGGUGCGAGUUCCUUCGGCGUCCAGCGAGCGAUCGGUUUGUGAAAAUAAUUUACGACGAAAUUAAGCAGCACAGCAAAAUACCUCGCUGUCCGUACAAGCUUGGGGACAGCAUCGUGAUGAACUUCACGCCGCACGCUAUGACCAUGCCCAGCCUGAUCCCCGAGUCGGAAUGCUAUUUUGAAAUGAAGUCCUUCACAAAGGCUAACACGGAGCUGGUGUUUGAAACGCGCUGGCAGGGUACGUUGAAAAUGCACGAGUCUACGCGAAAAGGGAUUGAAAUCGGAUCGGGUUAACAGGUUAAAAGAAAGGUAGCACAAUCAGUAACUUUCAAAAACUUGACUGUUGAUAUUAAUGUGAGUUGCAAAGGCAGAAUUCCUGAGCAUGGAUAGGUACAACCCUCUGGAUAGUUGUCAACUGAUAUUGUUAAAACUAAAACCACCAACCAAAUGUCGCUUGAAACGAGUUAAAUUUAUAG